AAAAACUUAAUUUAUGUUUAUUACAAUGGACCUCCAUUAAAACUACAUUAAAUACACCUAUAAAACAUCCAUCAAAUAGCUUGUAACUUGUUUGUUAACUACAAAUGUAACAAAAAUGUUUUGUGGGAAUCACUGAAUAGAAAUGUAUAGUGCAGUCGUUUUAGGAACAUGAGGGCACUAUAUGCAACCAGUCUACAUUAAUUUAAUAAAUUACAAUAUACAAUUUUUUCAUUGUUCAAUCUAUUAUACUAAGAUUUUUUAUAUUACACAACAAAAACUUAUUUUCUGCUUAUUACAAUGGACCUCCAUUAAAACUACAUCAAAUACAUCUAUAAAAUACCCAUCAAAUAGCUGGUAACUCGUUUGUUAACUAAAAAUGCAACAAAAAUACAUUAUUUUCCUCGCUGCCGCUCUUUUACUAAAGACGGUCUCCACUCAAAUUUACAUCUCGGAAGCCGAUUACAACCAGUGCAUGGACCAGACAGACAAACAGUUCCGCGCUGAUCGCAACAUGAAGGUGAAAGACGCCGAAAAAUGCCUGGACCGCUGCCUGAUGAUCAAAUCGAAGCUGAUAGGCGAAAAUGGAAAAGUUCUGGCCGGAAAAUGGCAAACUCAAUUGACCGCAAUGUACGGCGAAAGUUUCGGCAAACAAAUGGCGAGCUGCCUGUCCAAAAUUCCGGUCACGAAAGCCUGCACCGUUGUUGAUAGCAUCGACAGAUGUGGCCAGGCGAUUUUAAAGAACUAACUCGAUUAAAUUUUGUGUCAAUUUUAUUUUAUUAUUUAAAUUAAACGACAAGUUGAUGCCUUA